AGUAGAGAUGGGGUUUCACCAUAUUAGCCAGGAUGGUCUCUAUCUCCUGAUCUCAUGGUCCACCCGCCUGGGCCUCCCAAAGUGCUGGGAUUACAGGGGUGAGCCAUCGCGCCCGGCCAGCUGGUUUCAAGGAACAACAAAGGGUCUGUUUUUAGUGGAGGAGAGUGAGCAAGGAGGACAGGUCCGCACAGGGCGCUUGUGGCCACCAAGGCGUCUGGUUUUUAUUCUAACUGGAACAGGAAGGAAGUUCAGUCCAGGGAAGGCAAGGUGUGUGGAUGGAGAGGGCUGAGAAGGGUGGAGGGAGAGGGUGCAGGUGCGGUGGUUCAUGGAGCCACCGUGGUGACCUGGACAGGUGGUGGCUGUGGAGAGGAGGGCAUGGAUCCAAGGUGGUGGCAUCACCAAACACCCACAAAACGCGGUGGCUGUGGGCCAGGCCUGUGCCGGCCACCUCUGUCCCCUGUCCCUCUGCAGGCCCACAGAGGACCAUGAAGGUGCUUCUCCUCACAGGACUGGGCGCCCUGUUCUUCGCCUAUUAUUGGGAUGACAACUUCGACCCAGCCAGCCUCCAGGGAGCACGAGUGCUGCUGACAGGGGCCAACGCUGGUGUCGGUGAGGAGCUGGCCUAUCACUAUGCACGUCUGGGCUCCCACCUGGUGCUCACUGCCCACAGUGAGGCCCUCCUGCAGAAGCUCUGGCCCCCCCAGGUGGUAGGGAACUGCCGGAAGCUGGGCGCCCCCAAGGUCUUCUACAUCGCUGCGGACAUGGCCUCCCCUGAGGCGCCCGAGAGCGUGGUGCAGUUUGCGCUGGAUAAGCUGGGAGGGCUGGACUACCUCGUGCUGAACCACAUCGGCGGCGCCCCGGCCGGCACGCGAGCCCGCACCCCCCAGGCAACGCGCUGGCUCAUGCAGGUAAACUUUCUGAGCUACGUGCAACUGACGUCGCGGGCGCUGCCCAGCCUGACGGACAGCAAGGGCUCCCUGGUGGUGGUGUCCUCGCUGCUCGGUGCGUGUACUCGGCCCCGGCUCUGCGGGACGGGGAUUGGGGAGCUCGAUGCGGGCCGCGUGCCCACGUCGUUCUCCACUCCCUACUCGGCGGCCAAGUUCGCGCUGGACGGCUUCUUCGGCUCCCUGCGGCGGGAGCUGGACGUGCAGGACGUGAACGUGGCAAUCACCAUGUGUGUCCUGGGCCUCCGAGAUCGCGCCUCCGCCGCUGAGGCAGUCAGGGGAGUCACGAGGGUCAAGGCGGCCCCGGGGCCCAAGGCAGCCCUGGCCGUGAUCCGCGGCGGCGCCACGCGCGCGGCUGGCGUCUUCUACCCGUGGCGUUUCCACCUGCUGUGCUUGCUCCGGCGCUGGCUGCCGCGCCCGCGGGCCUGGUUUAUCCGCCAGGAUCUCAACGUCACGGCCGCUGCUGCCGCCUGAGCACCGGGGGGUUGCCCCUUAACGUCCCUGACGGGAACGCUCCUCCCUCCAACUGUCCCUGGAGCCAGAACACUCACAGACACCCCUGAGAGGGUGGCCAUAGCCCAAGAUGAAGUCAUCAAGACAGAAAAGCAAAACCCCGAGAAAAACGACGGGCACCUGGAACCAGUUACAGCUUCGGAGGUGCAGGUGCCCCUUGUUAGGCGCCUUUGUCCAGGACCUGCAAGGCCUCACUCGUUUGACCUUUAUUGAUGACAUGACUGCUUCCAUUUUGCAGAUGAGGAAACUGAGGUUCAGAGAGGUCACGCCACCCUUAAGCCACCCAUGGACCCCUCUCCAUCUCCUGUCUGUGUUUCUAAGUCCCUGAUUUAUUUUUUCCACUCAUUCCAUCUGGGAGGAUCUCCUCCAACCCCGCCAGCUUCCCCCAGCUGGGGUGUCUGGUACUCUUCACACCUGCAGGGGCGUCUACACUGUUCGUCUACCUGGUAGCAGGGUCUCAUGGGGAGGAGGAGGGAAAGAGUGUGUUUUGGGCUGGACCCAGCCUCCUGUUUGAGAAUAAAAACUCUUCUCUUGCA